AUUGGCGACUGAAGAGGAGACGUCUAAGAGCGAAACUGAUAGAAAUAAUAUAAAGAAAAGAAAAAAAAGAAAGAAGGAAGAAAAUAGAUCCAGGGGAUAUAGACUAGACAAUAGUUCUAAAACCCUAUAAAAGAAGAAAGAAGAAAGAGGAUUGAAGAAGAAGAGUGUUUUGAACUACUCUAAAAACCCGGCAGCUGGAAAGGAGAAGUUUUGAUGUGACAUGAUUUGCCUCGAGGAGUAUGGCAGAUGUCAAGGAUUAUAUAAAGAAAUUAGUUCACCCAAUAGCAGAGAUCAGAGAGCGGGCUCUCAACUCUCUGUUACAGAAGGUGAAUUUUCAGUUGAUUACAAGCAAAGGCCUGGGAGAGCAUGCAGAUUUUCUACCCAACUUACUUAAACUUUUGGAUCUGGGCCCACACACUCUUCGGAAAGGAGUCAUCGACCUGCUCAGAUUUGCCCUUAAGGAGGAGACUGCCAGGCACCGGUUCCAGUCUCUAGGUGGCAUUCAGUACUUGAGUAGUUUAAAGAUUGUUGCUCCUUUGGACAUUGUUCCUGUUAUUGGUGAGCUAAUACAGAAGCUUCAACCAUCGUAUGUUGAAGAAAAACGUGAAGACCAGAUAAAAGAGUUUCUAUUCAGAGCUCCUCGUGCUACUCAAGUAAGGUUUGCCUCUCAAAAUGCAGCUGAAACCUCUGCAAGCAAAGACAGCAGCUUUGCCUCCAUCAUCAUCAACAAUAACCAGUACAUUGAAAAUGCUGACAAUUCAUGCCUGUGUGAGAACAGCGAGCAUGAACUUCCUCCAGUAACAUACAAAUCACCAAUUACUUUUACAACUUUCCCAUGGCAGGCCUUAACGAGCAGUGAUCGCCGUGUCUUAGAUUCAACGACUCAGUCAUUACUUAGUCAUCAUGAAGCAGUGGUGGUUGCAGCUCUGCAUUUCCUUGACACUGUUGUGCUCAAGGACUUCCCUCCUGAGGUGUUCCUUCAGCGGCCAGCAGUCGUACAGGCUGUUUAUGGCUGUGUUGAAGAAGAAGGUGAGAAUGCCUGGCGCGUUCAAGGACCAGCAUGUGCCAGCCUCCUCACCCUGACAGAACUGUUAAAUAUGAGAGUGACUCACUUCAUGGACCCUCACCUCUCCCCCAGAAGCCAGCAGAACAUGACACCAACCUCAUCAGGCAUGGCCACCCCAUGCACAGACAUGACAAGGGGCAGCUGUUGCUCUUCCUUGGGAGAUCAUUCGGAGAACUUAGGAAAGGGAGAUAUUAAUGUAAGGCACAAGGGAGAUGGACAGGACUGGAGUGGCUCCUUGGACAGUAUUGUACAUCUAUCAAGCACAACAGUCCAUGAAGCAGAUGAUGGAGAUGAGUUUAUACUCUUGGGAAUGCACCAGAUACCAGUGACCAGCCACUGUGUCCAUAUCAUGAAUGUCAUUUGCCCUUUACUGGUUUCUCCACGUCCUGCUAUCCAGACUGCCAGCCUCCGUCUUCUCUUGUCGUGUCUGAAACUCUUGGAACGUUGCUUGGAACCAGAAUCACUUUGGCAGAGUGAUAGUGAUGAGCAUGAUAUCCUGGAGGCAGUUGGUGGAAUCAGAAGGGUUAUAAAAAGUAUUGCUCAUCUUCUGAUAGCUACCUUUGAAUGGAGAAAAAAUGCCAGAUCGUCAGCAGAUUUGGAGAAGUAUGUGACUGAUACAAACUGUCUUGCUUUGUUGUUAAGUAAUAUUUUCAAGAAUUUUGUACCACUGGAAGCUUCUCACCAGGUUAUAGAUCAUGAUGUAGCUAAAAGCUUGGUAUCAGUUUUAUGUGAUGGUGGUUUCUACAUAGAGUAUAGCAAGCACCAUGCACAUCUCCUUGCCCACCUCAGUAAAGCAGAGCCCUCCCUAGCCAAGCAAGUCAAGAGCAUCACCUUUGCUGCCCAAGGUCUCUGUGCCACAUCUGAGUUCCUGAGGACUUCCACCUCACAGCUUGCACAGUUCCUUGAGCUGGCUGAAAGAUCUCUCCCAGUGGCGAGCAUUCACCAUAGCACUGUGUUUGUAGAGAAGCUCGUAAGAGGAUUGGCAAAGCAGGUUGCUCUUGGAAAUGUGGAUGCAGAGCAGCUGGAGAGGAUGAGACAGUUGCUUCUGCAGGUUUUAAGCUAUCCGGAUGAUGUCUUAAGAUCAACAGGGUUCAAGUGUGUUUUGAAGUUAGUUGAAGGAAGCAUUGGAAUAUCACAAGUUGCAGAUACAUCUCUCAGUAGAUCUGCCAGAAUAUCCAUUCUCCUUGCACCAUCUGUCAUCAGAUUUCUUCUUUUUAGUGGACUGGUUGAUGAAAAUGAUGAGGUGGUUCAAGUAACAAAAGCCAUAUUGCUUGCCCUGUUUCGUGGCAAACUGUUGAUGAGUCAGACUGUGUGGGCUAGCGCUGUGGAAUGCUGGCGUGAAUGUCUGCUCGAUCUGCAGUAUUUAGCAGAUUCAAACACCAGCCUUGGUCGAGCAGUUGCUAAUCUUCCAGUUGAGAUUUAUGGAAGUAAUAGAAUAGAGGAAAAUUUUAAGAUUUUAAAGUUCCACCUCCAGUGCUUAUACUCAAAGGACAGAGAGAUAAGAGUCCAAGCCCUGUCACACGUGGUCCACAGACUGGCAGCGGAAAUAACAGUCUUUGUCCCGGAUCCACGCGAGUUCCACUUGAUGACCCACCAUGACUUACUGAUUAACAGCCAGCCAAUCCACCUACUUCUUAAAGGCAGAAUAUCAACAGAGACAGGAAGAUUGGCAAAGGUGGUGGAGUUGGUGAUGAGUGCUGGCGAGAGUGAGGUGCGCAGAGCAGCUUGGUCACAACUGGCUUUCUUCCUAGAGGACCCAGAACUUCACCAGCCCUUCCUCCAGCUCUGCUCCAUCCAGUACAUUGUAAUGAACUUUGUAGGCAUGUUGAAGUAUGAAGAAGCAUUAGAUUUGACUGUAGAAUUUAUACCAGGAGCUGUUGAUGUUUUACGGCUUUUAGCAACUCACUCUCAAGACAUCAGGCAAACAUUAGCACGCAAUGAAGAACUUCUGUUGUGCUUAGUGAGAG